CUGUCUGUGAGUGGCCGGGGCCGGGGAUGGAGGACAGGCCCGAGGUGACCAUUAUUGAUGGAGGUUUGGCGACCGAGCUGGAGGCGGGCGGUUUGAACCUGCAGGAUGAUCCAUUGUGGAGUGCCAGAAUAUUGCAAACUAAUCCACAGGCAAUCAAAGAUGUGCACACAAGGUAUCUUUCUAGUGGUGCUGAUGUAAUUACCACAGCCACAUACCAGGCGACUCUGGCAGGAUUUGUUAAAUAUCUUGGUUUGAAAUCUGAGGAGGCAGCUCUGCUUUUACAGUCUGGUGUAUACAUUGCUAAAGAGGCUGUUGCUGAGUUUCUCUCAGAAUCCAGAAGUUCAGGUAAGUCUGCAGCUGUUGUUGACAUUUUAUUUUUAACAAUAUUUAGACUUGGCUUUCAGACUUUUUUCUUGAAUAAAUUGAGAAGCAAAAUGUAAAUCUAU